GGUUCUGGAGCUUAAUUGCAGCCGUUCCCGCCAAGAAUCAAGCAGAGUGACAGAAGAAAAUCCGUUGCCGCUUGUGAUCGACCCGACGACCACCAUGGAGGCCAUGCACGCUCGCCUCGCCCUCGCCUUCCUCCUGUUCGUCGCGCUUGCGGCGGCACAGCAGGUGCCGGCGCCGGCGCCUGCCGACGUGGGUUGCAACGGCGUCUUCCUCACCUACGCCCCCGAGGCCCACCAAAGGAUCAGGCCGUUCGUGGACCCCGCCGCCGCCGCGGCCGGCAGGCAGCCCUACUCCUUCCGCGCCAGCGCCACCGUCCUCAACAACGGCGUCCGCACGCUCCCCUCGUGGUCGCUGCUGGUCGCCUUCGCGCACGGCGAGAUUCUUGUCAGUCUCGACGGCGGCGUGCUCACCUUCGGGGACGACCUGCCGUACAACACCACGGCGGCCGGUGGCGGCGCGACGUCCUUGUCUGGGAACCCGCAGACGGACCUCCUAACGCCGAUCGCCACCGCCGGCGACCUGACCAGGAUACAGGCGACGGUGAGGCUGGUCGGCACGCUGUUCGCCGGGCCAGAGCCGGUCGUGACGCUCCCGUCCGCGAUCUCGCUGGCCGACCCCGCGUACACCUGCUCGCCUGUCGCCACCGCGCCAACGGUCCUCUCCGCGUGCUGCGUGCUGAUUGCGCCGGACCAGCCCUCGGCCGUGCCGCCGGCGGCCGGGAACACCUACCUCCCGCGCGUCACCGGCGACCUCGUCAUCACCUACGACGUGCUCCAGGCGCACGAGACCACGUACCUGGCGCUGGUGACGCUCGAGAACAACGCGCCGAUGGGCCGCCUCGACGGCUGGGAGCUGUCGUGGGAGUGGCGGCGCGGCGAGUUCGUCAACUCCAUGAGAGGCGCGUACCCGCGGGAGGUGGACGCCAGAGGCUGCCUCUACGGCCCGCAGGGGCAGUACUACAAGGACCUCGACUUCUCCAAGGUGCUCAACUGCGAGCGCCGGCCGGUGGUGCACGACCUGCCGCCGUCCCGCCGCGACGACACGUCCCUCGGUCAGAUCGAGCACUGCUGCAGGAACGGCACCAUCCUGCCCAAGACCAUGGACGAGGCGCAGUCCAAGUCGGCGUUCCAGAUGGAGGUGUACAAGAUGCCGCCGGACCUGAACCGGACGGCCAGGCCGCACGCCCCGGCCAACUUCAGGAUCUCCGGCGCGUCGCCGCUCAACCAGGCGUACGCGUGCGGGCAGCCAGCGCUGGUGAGCCCCACGGAGUUCCCGGACCCGAGCGGGCUCGUCUCCACGACGCUCGCCGUCGCGACGUGGCAGGCGGUCUGCAACAUGACCGUCGACGACGCCAAACCGUCCAAGCCGCCGCAGUGCUGCGUGUCCUUCUCCGCGUUCUUCAACGAGUCGGUGAUCCCCUGCAGCACCUGCGCAUGCGGCUUCCCCACCCCGGCGCCUACGACCUGCAGCACGACGGCGCCGGCGCUGCUCCUGCCGCCGCACGCGCUGCUCAUGCCGUUCGAGUGGCGGGCGAAGGAGACGCUCAAGUGGUAUCACGACGAGGAGCUGGGCGCGCCGCCGAACCCGAUGCCGUGCGGCGACAACUGCGGGGUGAGCGUGAACUGGCACGUGGCCACGGACGCGGCCGGCGGGUGGAGCGCGCGGGUGACGCUCUUCAACUGGGAGGAGGGCGCGGACAUGCGCGACUGGUUCGCCACCGUCGUCAUGGGCGACAAGGUGUACGGCGGGUUCGAGCAGGCCUACUCCUUCAACGCCACCGCCGUCGGGGACGGCGCCAUCUUCAUGCGCGGCAGGGAAGGCUUCGAGCUCCUGCUGAGGGAGAGCAACGUGAGCGGCGUGGACUACCCCGUGCCCGGGAAGCAGCAGUCCGUGCUCUCCUUCACCAAAAAGAAUGGCCCCGGCGACGUCGACGUGGUUGGCGGCGACGGGUUCCCGACCAAGAUCUUCUUCAACGGCGAGGAGUGCGCCAUGCCGCAGAUGAUUCCGAGCCAGGGGGUUGGCACUCGCGCUAGCCGUGGUGGUGCACUCGUGCUCUUGCUACUCUUCCUCUUCUUCUUCUUCUAGAAUUUUGG